AUGAAGAAGGAUGGAUACACCGUGCCGGAAUCAACUGUAGUGAGACUUGGUUCUGUUGCAGGUUUCUACAUUGCUCCGAAUUUCUUUUGGGGUAAAUCCUCAUUACUUCGCACUUCGGAACCAUGUAGAAAAAAUGGUCAUUCCUUGUCUGCUAAACAGCUGUUGGACUCCUUUAAAGCAGGGUUAUUAGAGCUACUGAGUUCAGUACUUGCUCGUGAUGAGACUCUUCUCAAAAGCAACAGCAAAAGUUUAGAUGCUCAGUCUGUAUACAAUCCAAGGCAAACUUAUAGAUGCAGCAAGCCCUCCAUACCUCCUCACAAUGUUAUUCAAACUGUGCAAAAGCCAGAAGCAACUGCUUGA